GGCCUUAUAUGUAACACAUUUUGCUUCACCUGAUCUGACCCGAACCUUUUCAAUCGAGAGGCAAUGAAAGAUAGUUUCUGAUGAAUAAUCGCAAUAUCUGUAUUAAGGGUGUGAUAGCUGAGCAGUAAUGGAUGCUAAAUCUUUGGCAAAGUCGAAAAGAGCACACACUCAACAUCUUAAUAAGAAGCAUCAUCCUAAACCCACAUCCAAAGCUCCUUCAGCUGGUGUUGGUGUUGGAGGAACCGCCUCGCAAAAGCCUAAUGUCAAACAAUUUAAAGGUUCUAAGAAACUUCCAUCGAACUGGGAUCGAUAUGAAGACGAGGAUGAUUUGGAUUUUCAAGGGAGCACGAGUCAAGUCAGUGAUGUUCUUGUGCCGAAAAGUAAGGGGUCGGAUUAUGCUUACUUGAUUUCCGAAGCAAAGGCUCAGGCUCAGGCCCAGGCAAAUUAUCCGGGGAGCUUUCCUUCGUUUGAUGAUGAUUUUUCAGAUUUUAGAGAGCAAGUAGGUUCGUUGCUCUCUGUUAGAGGAGAAAAUAUUCUGUCAUGGGCUGCCGAAGAUGACUUUCUAUCAGAGGACAAAGCAAGUGGGGUUCAAGAGGCAUCUUUUCUUUCAAUGGAUUUGAAUGCUCUUGCAGAACAACUCGCAAAAGUGGAUUUAUCAGAAAGGCUAUUCAUGGAAGCAGAUCUUCUACCUCCAGAGCUGCUCACUAAAGAAUUACAAGCAAGUCGUGACCACACUUGCACGAGUGCAGUUCCAAUUUUAAGUGAAACAACUAAUGUAACCUCUUCUGAAAAAUCUAAAGGAGCUAGUGAAAUUGAUGGGGAGAUUGAGGUCCAAGGGAUUGAUGAUCUUGAGCAUUCUCUUAAAAAUCUAUUACAAUCCGAAAGCAGAUCUGAUAAGAGCUCCAUGCCAAAGUCUAAAAGACCGCUCAGUACUGAACCUGCAUCAGUUAAGAACAAAAGUGAUUCUGGAUUCAAGGUGGCAGACGCAGAAGCAGAGCUCGAUGUGCUCCUGGAUUCAUUUUCUGAACCAAAUACUUCUCGAUCUACUCUCUUCAAAGAAGGGCCCCGAUACAGCAGUUCAACCAUAUGGUCAGAAGAAACUACAACUGAUCAAUUGGUUUCUACUCGUGUGAAGAACAGUCUAGAUCAAUCUAAAGCGGCAUUAACUCUCGAUGAUUCGCUAGAUGACCUCCUAAACGAAACAUCAAACAGAAUCAACCAAGAUACUGUAACAUGGUCUAAUGAUGUAAAGACUUCUUUUGAUGUUCAUCCAUCCCCUUCGGCCCCUACAAAGUCAAAACUAUUAGAUGACUUUGACUCGUGGCUAGAUACAAUUUAAACUGUGGCUUCUAUCCUUGCCGAGGGUUGUUAGGAUCCCAAUUUUUGCUUGUUUUUGUUUAAAUUGUAGACAUUUCCGUCAA